AUGUCGCUGCCCAUCAUGUUGAUUGGAGAGGUGGUCCUCGCAAAGGAGACAUGCCAUGGUCCUGAUGCAGGUUACCUGGAGGUCACCAAGGGCGAGAAAUUGGAGGUGCUCUAUGUUGGCGCAGAGGGACGUGAGGACGAAGCCUGGAUCUAUGCCAAACGCCUGGAAGUCGUGAACGGUUUGCUGGAGGGCUGGAUUUCCAGGGACACUGUGGAGCUGUGUCGAAAGGCGAAUGACGUGGUGAUCGCUGCCACGUCUGGUAGCACAGAACAGCUUCAGUACUCGGAGGGCGAUCGGCUGAAGGUCGAGUAG